AAAUGACAAAAACGUAAUGCAAAAAUUUUAAGUCGCGAAAGCAGCACGCACCGAAAGUUAUCCAAAAAAUCGCUAUUAAAUAUUUAUAAAGUGGGUGUUAUUUAAUCAGAAAAUUGGUCUAUAAUGCAGUUUUUUUGAAGCUGUAUCCGAUCGCUGAAUGGUUAUAGUAUUUAAAAAAAAAAAUCCUUGGAUUCUUUUGGGUUAACUGCUGCGCCAAAAGAAUAUAUUCAUGCAAUAUAGGACGGGUGGGCGAGUAAAUGCAGCAAAUGCAUGCGGAAAACUAAAUUUUUAUACAAAUUCCGUGAAAUAAAAUGUGUAAAAUUUAUUCGCAAGAUAUUUGAGUGCUGAGUAUUUCGGAAAUUCAACAGCAGGAGGAACUAAAAAUAACCACACAACCACCUCCACAAAUUUUUUCUGCGUGGACGGUAUUAUAAUACAACUGCGAUCGCAUACUUUUUGGCAAACGAACACGUAAAGUAUAACAAUGUCGGACUUUAUGCCUCGAGAUAUGCUUCCCGACCUGUGGGAGGAGAUCCUUAAACGUCACUGGACAUAUUUGGAAACAGACGGAAGCAUUCAAAAGAUUGAGGAAGGAAAAAAAUUAGAGAAUUGCCUUAAGGAGUUUCUUUGCAUUGUGCCUCAUGAUCGUAAAUUUUUUCUUCCCGAGACUGCUCACGUUCUCAGGAAAUCGAUACGGGAAAUGGAAGAGUUUAAUGCGUAUAAAGCAAUCAUUGGCUUUCGUUCCAUCAGUCACUAUGCAAAUAACUUGUUUACAAAACCUUGGCGAAAAGAGUUUAGAGUGUUAAAGAUGUAUUCCGGUUUCUAUCAGCAUGAAAUUAAAUCAAAUUUGUUUGAUGCUGAAAAACUUUUCGAGGCUAUGGGCUACAGACAGGUUUCUGAUGAAAUUCUUCUACUAGAUGGUCCUAUCUGCCCCGAUCAAGUAACAAACGUAUCGCGCGAUGCAAUGGCGGCUUAUGUUGAGUGCCAAAUAAUGGAACAUAUUUACGCAGGAUUGAUUGCACUAGGGCUGACAUGUUCUUGGCAAGAUGUUUUUAGUUUUCGAGAGAAAUUUGUUGGCGGAUCCACACAAGCAAUCAAAGGUUUGGCUUAUGCUAUUCAAGAAAAGCGGCUGCGAAAGGAAAAACUUAUAAAUGUUGAUAAUUGUUACGCUAGCUUGCAACAUUCAUCACAAACUUUAAAUAUCACUCCGACAACUUCGGAGUGUCCGAAUUGUGCUCUUUAUAAUCGUAUGCCAUCGCAUCCGCAAUACCCUAGGCAUACGGACAACUAUGGCACAUGUGCUCUUCAUGCCCCAGCAUCGACAACAGUGCCAAAUCAUUUAUACAAUGGGAAAAGCAAAAUGCCUUCUUACCCAAUAUCAGGAUACCAACACUCGCAGCCCGCUGCGUAUGGAGUAUCCCCUGCAGGCAUGCAACACUCACGAAGCUUGGAGCAUUAUAGUGAAGCUGUGCCGCAAUUGCCACAUAGACAUUCAUUUGAUCAUCAGCAGAAAGGUUGCACCGCACAUCAUUACAAACUCCCACACCAGUUGCCAUCGCAGCACGUCUACGAAUUACCUUAUGAUUGCCUGGAUGGCGCAAGUAUGGGCGGUAGUAGCAUUUCCUAUGCAGCUGUGGUUGCGUCCGGUGGCGGUUCCAAUAAUGGUAUUAAUAACUGUGGAAUAAAUGCCGCUUACUGUCAUCCCUACAACGUUUCAGGCAAUCGUUAUCCACUCCCUUACAACAUUUCAAAUCAACUAAAUUCGCAUUACGCGACUCCUAAUGCCACGUGCAAUGGCGUUAAAGGAGAUCCCUACAAUAAUACAGACAACAGCGUUUAUGCUUCCGUGUCGAAAUCACACAAUUGCAAUUACCAUCAACCGCCAUUGCAGCCAAUGCGUCAAUCGUCUGUUGUAGCUGGCGGUAAAGAUUUUCAAACAUACCGACAACGAUCCUUUCCACCAGAUCAGCAGUUAAUUGAAUUUGAUGAUCGUGCUCCGCUAACCUCGCAUGACUUCCACGCGCAACUACAUGGUCUACCGCACUGCAAUUCAUUUGAUUAUGACCGAGAGCGGGAACGCGAUAGAAUGCUAGAACAGCAGCGACGAUUGAAUCGUGGAACAAACAUGUCCUCAGCGUACGCCCAGCCGAAAGACAUUGUAAUGAGGCUUACUCAUGCGCCCAUUUUGGGUAUGCCAACCGCUACUCAGCAACCCUCGUCUGAUGAUAUGUAUAGCAGCUAUGUUUAUGCUCGUCCUUUACCGAAAGCUGACCGCUCAAAAUACAACUUAUCGACGGCUAAUGUGGCACCGAAGUAUGAAAGAAACUCAAAUAUUUCGGAUGUACUUGACAAUAAUGACAAGCAAUUACAUCUGCAGACCAUGGAAUUGAAAGAUAGUACCACUUCGCUCAACGGAAUAUCUGGAGCUGGUAAUCGAAGGAAAAUAUCUACUCAUACCAAUGAAGCUUCGGAAAUGAGCUUUGAUUCGAAUUUUGAUGAUUUCGUCACCGUGUGCCACAGCGAACAUCCUACGCAACGCUCGCCAACACAAGCGUCUAAAAACCAGGAUGGUGUUGGCUCCUUCGAAUCAUGGAACUAUGUUUUUAAGAACCUAGAGCGAUCUGGCUAUUCAAAAGAUUUAGGCGAACGGGGUGAUCUUCUUGUUCAGGGGUUAGAUUUGGAUUCAAUGAAUUUAUCGAAUGGUGGCGGGGGAAGCUGCAACGGCGGAAAAGCUCCCGUUGAACGGCGCCGUUUAAAUCACAUAGAAUCGGCUAAAUCCGGCCGACAAAUUACAAAUGAUCUAGGCAAAGCGCGUACGGACGGUGAAAAGCGUGAUGAGAAAAAGUUGGGCAAACAGGAAAAAUCCAUAUUAAAACAGCAACAUCAACAGCCAGGGAAAAAAACGAAGUCUGCCUUAAAGCUAACUUCGAAUUUGCUCACAACUUCAACAAUCGACAAUAAUAAUGGCAACGGCGAAGCGCAACCGGACGGAAUCGUGCGAUUGAAGAAUCGAAAGCAAGCCGCUGCGGAAGUUGGAAACCUUCAACCACAAAUAAGUGGCCCAAGCGAAUGGAGUUGCCGGUUUUGCACUUUUCUCAAUCCCGAUACGAAACGAAUAUGUGAGAUGUGUUGCCGCAGCAAGGAUUCUAAUAUAGAAGCUACCGUGUCUCACACACCAACUUGCGUUUAAACGCAUUCAUCCUACCUUGUUACGUGUACCGCUAGGCUGACAACUAAAGUUUCGUGGAUGCACAGCAGAGCGCCUUUUUCCAAAAUUUUACAGUUGAAACGUUACUCUAAGCUGAGUUUAUUCAACUUGAUUAAAUUGUUACUCUUACGAAGUAAUCGUUUUUGUUCUGAUCUAGAAAAUUAUUAGUCAAAUCUAAACAGAACUUGAAAACGUUUAACUCGAUUGUUUAUUCUUACAAUUAAACUUUUUAGGGACCUCAUCA